AUGCUGCAUGCCUGCAGAAUUUCACUCGGAAUUAUUGUCACACUUUUACUAGUCCAGUCAUCUAUAGGGCAGAAAGGGAAUGCCAACUUCUCCAGUUUAUGCGAAGAUGUUCGCAAGGAGAUGAUAUUGAGAGACCCUUCUCUCGAGAACAAUACGAAUUUAGAAUGCAGAUCAUCCUACGAGUUGGAGAAGCCACCUGCACUGAGCAUUUCCAUAUCUGUUUCGGAAUGCCUCGAGCGCUGUCCAGGCUACGAAGCAUCUAAACACAAUGUUCUAAAUCAGUGGAUUGGGCCCCUCGUCGGUUUCCUCCUACCUGCUUUGGCUUUCGUCAUCUCGAUCCCUCGGCCCAUUCGUCUACCUCGUCAUGAACGAUGGUUCGCAGCGCGCAAGCUGGUUGCAUAUUCUUGGCUGGUCCUCGCCAUGGGUCUGAUGUUAUUAGAUAUCUUGUUCUGGAUCAUUGCCGUUUUCGCCUUUGCCGGACCACUCGUUGCCGGCUCUAUCCACGAAGCAUUUGUCGACCAUAUGGUUCUUGGAUAUGCUGAGAAGAACAUUUCAAGUGAUCCGAGCACUGCGCUACUAGCGAUAUCCUUCACACUUGUGGGCAGUCUACAGCCACAUGAAGGUGACCUAUCGGGGAAUAUCUACGCUUACAUCCUGGAUUCUCCAUUUGGAAAACAGAAGCUCCGUAGCCUACUGGCGUUGCUCCCGUCAUAUGGUGCCCGAGUUGGCGUCCCGAUCGUUUUCUAUCUUGGUGCAUACGCCUACGCACUUUUUGACGCGAAAUCAAAGCUUGGAGAUAACGACACCGCACACGCCGUAGCCUUUGGUCUGUGGUACGGAGUUGUUGUCAUUGUCGCAAUCGUCAGUUCUGCUGUGCUUGGAAUCGACAAUCCCGCAAGCCUGGAGGCCAUUCUCUCAGAGAAUAUCGAACUCGAGCCAUUUCUUGCUUCCGAGAACAGCGAAGCACUGAAAUCGCCAUCUCGCUCUUCCGAACCCAAGUCGUACCAUUUCCACUCAUCAAUAUUUCGCACGGUGUGGUUAUGGGAACGCGCGCGAGUGUUCCAAGAAUGGAGUCGCAAGAACUCAGUGGAUGCAUCAGUUUCCGCAUAUAUCAAAGCAAGCACUCCUCGCGUUAUAAGUGGACUCCUCGCAUCUGUCUUAAUCGCACUCCCUUGCGCUGGUGCAUGUUGGAUCUCUUAUUCCACACCCAUGGUGGGAUUCGGGUGCCGGUCCACGGUUCACCUUAUCUAUGCUACUUCGCAAAUCAUAUUGAUCCUCGUUUGGUGGUUGUAUUAUUCCUCACCUACCCGCAUUCUUGCAAAGCAAAAGGGCAAGAAUUGUACAGAAUCAGCGAUUGCCGUCUAUGCCUUAGCCGCGAUGGCACUGGCGGCUGCGAUAAUCUCAUCCAUAGGCGGUACCAUUAUGCAACUAGUUGGGGUCUUCAAAAAUUGUAUCUGCAAAGCAAGUUUGAAGUACCUACUCCCAGGCUCAAGGGCGGGAGGAAUGGUCUCCCUAGCGAAUGACAUGCAAGAGCAUAGAGACAAUGCGCGGUGGUGGAUCAUCGUAGGAAGCAUAGGCGUAGCUUUUGUUGGUCUUGUUGCAGUGGCUAGUUGGGCAUAUCAGACAAGAGUUAGACAAAGAUGCCUGGCUUUAAUCAAUCGGCUUUGA